CAAGCAGGCGCGGUGCCUGAAGUUCAGCGCGCCGGAAUGAUGAUGUCUGCAGAUCGUCCAGAAACAAGUCAGACCAUUAAAGUGAAAGAGACCGCUAGAGCAAAAAAUAAGGAGCUGUCACAACAUGAUAAAAAUGGACGCAAUCAGCCCUUAAAAUGACUGAGAGAAACUGAACAGAAAUGGGAAGUACCAGGAAGAGAGCACGGCUCUUUUUGGAGAUCAUCACGGUUCUCGCACUCUGUGCACCGCACGCCAGCGGUCGAGGAGCCGUCGGUGAUGCCCUUGCUGAUUCCCUGUCAUCAGUUGGUGGGACGUUACCUCACUUCCUGCAAGAGCCCGAGGAUGCUUACAUAAUCAAAAACAACCCGAUUAAGCUGCGCUGCCGUGCCACCCCAGCCCUGCAGAUAUUCUUCAAAUGUAAUGGGGAAUGGGUACAUCAAAACCAGCAUUCCUCACAAGAGUACAUGGACCAAAACACUGGGGUAAAAAUCUGCGAAGUGACGAUCAAUGUUACCAGGCAGCAGGUGGAGGAUUUUCAUGGACCGGAAGACUACUGGUGCCUGUGUGUGGCCUGGAGUCAUCUAGGAACAUCCAAGAGCCGCAGAGCCACCGUGAGGAUAGCCUACCUCCGCAAGAACUUCGAGCAGGAUCCUCAAGGGAAGGAAGUGCCAAUCAAGGGCAUGAUUGUGCUACAUUGCCGUCCCCCAGAGGGAGUGCCCAUGGCAAAGGUGGAGUGGUUGAAAAAUGAAGAACUGGUCAGCGCACUUGAAGAUGACAACAUCGACACUCGUGCUGACCACAAUCUGAUCAUCAAUGAAGCCAGACUUUCUGACUCGGCCAACUACACCUGCCUCGCCACUAACAUUGUCGCAAAAAGACGCAGUACUACAGCUACUGUAGUUGUGUUUGUGAACGGCGGUUGGUCUCUGUGGACUGAGUGGUCUUCCUGCAGUGUGAACUGUGGGAGAGGAGUUCAGAAACGCUCUCGGACCUGCACGAACCCUGCCCCUCUGAACGGAGGAGCUUUCUGCGAGGGCAUGUCUGUCCAGAAGAUCGCCUGCAAUGCAGUCUGUCCAGUGGAUGGAGUUUGGGAGGAGUGGAGCGAGUGGACGAUGUGUAGUGCGCAGUGUGAGAGACAGCGAUGGAGGGAGUGCAACGAUCCUCCACCUCGUCACAGAGGCAAGAUGUGUGAGGGAGAAGGUCAAAGCACAGAGAACUGCACUGGAGGAUUGUGCACACAAAAUGGAAAGCUGAUGCAUGAUGUUAAGCCACAGAGCAUGGAGAGCUCAAUGGAUGUAGCGCUGUACUCCGGUUUGGCUGCGGGUGUGAUCGCUGUGGUCGUCCUUAUCGUGGCCAUUACCCUCUACAGGAAGAGCCAGAGUGAGUAUGGAGUGGACGUCAUUGACUCAUCAGCUCUCGCUGGAGGAUUCCAGUCCUUCAACUUCAAAACCACCAGACAGGGCAAUCCACUUCUACUGAAUUCCUCCAUGCAGCCUGAUAUAACCGUCGGCCAGACCUACAGCAGCCCAAUCUGCUUUCAGGACUCCAUCGACAAAGAGCUCUUUGACCCCUUGCCCGACAAGGUCAAAGUUCAGAGCUCCUUUAUGGUUUCACUAGGUGUGGCAGACCGGGCCGAGUACCACGUGAAAGCCCAUCCACAAACCCUCCCUGCAAACCUUCACCCGAACUACAGCAUGGUAGAAGGAAAGAAGAUGGCUACAAUGGCUCCCAAUGGACUUCAAACAACCGGGAAGAUUCAGUUGAAGACAAGCGCUCUGUUUGGACACCUGGGUGGCCGAUUAGUCAUUCCAAAUGCAGGAGUGAGCUUGCUGGUUCCUCAUGGGGCAAUUGCUGAUGACACCUCUUGGGAAAUGUACAUGCUCAUAAAUCAAGGAGAGACUAGUGCCCAAUCAGAGGAGAGGUGUGAGAUUCUGCUGGGGCCAGAGAUCACAUAUGGACCUCCGGGCCUAAGCCUGUCCUGUCCUGUUGCCAUGACGAUAGCUCAUUGUGCUGAAGUCAGCGCCGAAAACUGGAACAUUAAACUCAAGAGACAAACCAAGGACAACAAGUGGGAGGAAAUAAUGUCAGUAGAUGAUGAAUCAACCUCCUGCUAUUGCCUGAUGGACUCACAUAGCUGUCACUUGUUGCUGGAUCAGCCGGGCUGUUAUGCGCUGGUGGGGGAGCCAGUCACCGAUGCCGCCAUAAAGAGACUAAGGAUUGCUGUGUUUGGCAGUAUGGAGGCUUCCUCUAUGGACUACAGCCUGCGAGUGCACUGUGUAGACGAUACGCCACAUGCCUUUCAGGGAGUGGUCACAGCUGAAACCUGCAGAGGAGGUCAGCUUUUAGAAGAGCCCAAGACGCUGUUCUUCAAAGGAAACUGCCUCAGUCUGCAGGUGUCCAUCCAGGAUAUUCCUCAGUUUCUGUGGAGCAUCAAACCCUUCACCACCUGUCAGGAAUUCUCCUUCACCCAAGUGUGGUAUAGUAACCAGCAGCCUGUGCACUGUGCCUUCUCACUGCAGAGACAUAGCACCGCCACCAACCAGCUCUCCUGCAAGAUCAGUGUGCGGCAGGUCAAAGGUCACGAGCAGAUCCUGCAGGUCUACACCUCAGUGGGAGAGAAUGAGAAAGAGACAGUCCCAUUUUUUAUGCAGGCAGAUUGCACGGUGACUUCACAGACAGGGGCCAAAGCCUUCAAAAUCCCCCUGUCCAUUCGUCAGCGGAUCUGCACCACCUUCGAUACUGCCAACGCCAAGGGCAAGGACUGGCAGCUCUUAGCUCAGAAACUCCACAUUCAGAGGAAUCUGUCCUACUUCACCAAACAGAAAAGUCCCUCUGCUGUCAUUCUCAGUCUCUGGGAAGCCAGACAUCAGGACAGCGGAGAUCUUGACUCGCUCGCAAGUGCUUUGGAGGAGAUUGGAAAGAUUCACUGUAAAAGUCUGCCUCAGAGUCCAGAUGAGAACGAAACAGACUUUACGUUUUGAGGGACGACGGAAAACUACAUGUGCUCCACCAGACGCAACUCAAUUUGGAGUCCAAGUGGACGAAGCUGAGGUGUAUCCAGUCUGAGAGGAGACCUGGAACAGAUGCGAGCGGUCACUUAUCUGUACAUGUGCAAAGUUGGAAUGAAUUUGGCAAAGCUUCGACGUCAGAGUGCCAAGCCAUCGCAUCUUACACAAAAUUCCGCCUUAGUCUUUCCUGUUUGUUUUUUAAUUGUGUGGGAUUAGAUUGGUGCAGGCUUUUCUUGUGCAUCUUUUCCAACAGUUGCACAGUAAUUAGACCCAAUCUACAUGUAACUACUGACGUGUGCUUUGUUUGCACUAUAUGAUGUUUCGAGAAGGCAAGAGAGGGAAAUACACUCCUGCCUUUUUUGCUCAUCACACAGUGUGAACGUGGCUCACCAUGUUCUUUUAUUUCCAUUGUUGUUUUAUUGCCAUUUUGCUGUCCUAAUAGGAUCAGCUGAUGAAUAACAUGAGGUAUUCUAACUUUGUUUUCAGCUGUGGCAGAGUGACUGCACAGUAGAAAUGAAUCUCAUUUAUGCAGGUUAGGGGCUAAAAAUCAAUUACGUUCCUCGCUCUGAAAAUGCAUAACCCACCCGUGUGCUCGAAUGCAUUACUGUUCCUGUGAGCAAAUAUGAGUCAUCGGGAACAGAGAGCAUCACUGUAUCAUGCCUUUUAUAUAGAGCGUCAGGCUUGAGACUAAUAUUGACCAAAAGCAGGGUUUGCUUAGGCCAUGCAAACGGCAGAACAUCCCUUUUGUUAACACUUCUGGCUUUCUUUUGAAAUGCGGCUGAAAAGGAAGAGACUUCUGUAAAACGAAGCCUGUCUUAUCUCCUCUGACCAAAUUCCUCUGUGCGGCGUCAAACACAAUAGGGGAACAUGUGCCGCUGAGCAGGGAGAGUUAUAAUUAAGGUCUGAUAAAAGGAAAGCAGCUAUGUGGGGGAAAAUGCCGUCAAGUACAGGAGAGAAAAAAAGUUAUGUUCUUCUUUUCAAGUCAUCUAUCUCAUUAACCUUCUCUCUCUAACUGAAAUGCCUCCAAGAGCUCAUUUAAGUUGUGUUUUUAGAAGUGGUUUCUUGGUUCUUAAAGGAAAAUGAUACGUUUUUGAUUCACUUUGCAUUCAUACUGUCAUUUGAAACAGAACUUACUGGACAUCCAAUACAAUGCUAUGUGUGGGGUUGAACCGACGAAUGAAAAGGAGUCAAAACAGCUCCAGGAAUUCCUCCAUCACAAUCAUAAAUGAAGGUCUGCUCCUUUGCGCAUCUCUCAUGCUUGUAUUGAAUUGUAAUUGGCAACGUUGUGGAUGUGGCAAGAAAAAAAAGGUAUGCAUGAACAUUCUGUCCUAUUAAGGGUGGCAUCUUAUGACAUAUUAUCGUAUUUUUGGUUCAUUUUGUGUUCAUAUUUUAGCUGAACUGCACCGGAGUUGGAGCGAAGUGGACCAAAUUGUAGGGCUGGGUGAUUUGGCCUAAAAUCUAAAUCUUGAUUAAUUGAACAUUUUGACUCGAUUACGAUUAAUGAACGAUUAUUUUAUUUGUUUAUUUUAAUUAUUUUUUUGCCCUCAGAGUUCACUGACAGGUUUUGUACAGUAAAUAUGCGCACAUUUUACAAGUGAGAGAUUUUUGAAUGAAGGGUGCACUGCUUGAUUUUAAAAUAAUUGAAGGAAACACACACUAUCUACUAUCUAUGAUUAUUUAUUGACCUUCAAUGUUAAACAACUGAAAUUAAAACACACAAUGCCUAAAACCAACAGUCACUUUUUUCUUAUUAAAAAGGGGAAAAAUAAUUGUACUUUUGGAAAAAAAAUGUAUUAUUUUAAAUGUUUUUAAAAGUAGAAAAUAUAAUUUUUUUGUAAUUGAAAAUAUGCCGUCUCAAGGCAUAUCUGGCGCAGCUUCCAAUAAUCCUCACUGAAACGCAAACACGCAACGUGUAGUUAAAUUUUACAAAAGGUGCACGGGUAUGUGACCGCGAGAAAGCUGCGCUGAACCAUACUUGUGCGUUUGAUGCAGAAGUAUGAAUCAGCCUUAAAGGGGUGGUCAAUGGUGUAUUUUUAAGGCCUGGUUGUGUUUAUAAGAUGCAAAGCAAUGUGUGCUCAUGCUUCACUUGUAAAAAAAUCAAGUAAUUUUUUUAUAUUUCUUUGAUUAUAUACAGCUACUCAGCAAACAUGAAAACAACUGUCAUAUUUCCUAGCUCCCCUGAAAGGCCUGCCUUCAAGAGGCUCUGAUUGGUCAGAUAACAAUGUGUUGUGAUUCGUGGAUUGGCUCCAUGUCACGCCCCUACAAGCACGCACUUUUGCGUUGUUUAAAAAGUCCAGUCAGAGAAGCUGUUAGCAGAGUUAGCUGCCUGAAUCAGACAGAAAAAUCAAGAGCACACAGUUGAACCUCACGCCUGCUCUCUAAAAUAAAAUUUGACAAGUGUCUUUCACAUAUAUUCAAAAUAAGCAUGUGUAAGUAAUAUAAAAUGAUCUCAUAUCUUUUGCGAGUUUGUUAUCUGAGAUGUAGCAGCAUGGAAAGCAGCAGCAUAGAGAGACACUGCAGCGCUGGUAAAGAGUGUGGGUGUUUAAAGCAGUUUGAUGGAUAAAUGUGAAUUUGUAGCUAAAUUGUUUUUCCCAAACAGCAUUUCCCAUUGUUUACAUCCUUGUUUACGUCCUCACUACUACAUAUUGUUAACGCUAGGAACUGUGCAUGUAAUAGAUUAAUUUUAACAAAUAAAAAUACUUACAGGUUGUGGCUCACAAUCCACAGCUUCGUCGGUUAGAGUUUUUAGCUGAAUCCAGCACUGAACAAUUUAUUUUUUUAAUUUUCUGGAACAUAAUUAAAAUUAAAUUGUAAGCACUUCUGUGUUUGUGUCGUGUCCUUCAGAAGCCCAAAUACAGCAACAGAACAAGCUCUGUGGAAAUAGCAGCGUUUGGACGGCAUUUUAGCUUUCACUGCUUUAACACUAUAGCGCCUCUGGCCACGCCCCGUUGCUGCGCAGGGUGUGUGCGUAUGGUAAAUGCGCGUAACCUAAAGUGUUUGUGACUUCACAAGCCUGGAUGUAUUUUUUUUGUAGUCCCCAAGCUUUGUUCACUGUAGGCUUUACUAAUCUAAUGUCUCUCUUUGCAUUGAACAAUGAGCAUAUUACAUUGAGAUGUUUUUUUUAUGUUCCCACAGCUACAUUACACAUCAACUAAAGCUUUAAAUAUGAUAUUGUAGUAGACCACCCCUUUAACACAGCAGGAUCAUGUGACUCCACAAGCGGUAGGGAACGUAAUUGAAAAAAAUUGACCUGGAAAAAUUCGAUCAAUUAUAGGUUCUGAAUGUCAAUUUCGAUUACGUUUCAAUUAAUCACCCAGCCCUACCAAAACCCCUUUUCAGCAGUUUCUGUCCACUUUUUUUUUUCUGCACAGAGGUUUAGAUGGCAUCAGCCACACUUAUUUAGAUUAAUCACUCUAAUCUAAACAAACCUGGCAAUUGUUAAACACCACUAGUUAAAAAAAGUAUUUCUUACACAUGGAUUUUUUUAUGUUUAAUAUACAUCAUAUUAAGCAUUUAACAAGAUUGGACACCUUACUGGUGGACGCACAACUGUAUCAAACAGCCCCCAAAAUAUUAAUUCAUUUUCUUUUUGGCUUAGUCCCUUUAUUAAUAAGGGGUCGCCACAGAGGAAUGAACCGCCAACUUAUCCAGCAUAUGUUUUACGCAGCGAAUGCCCUUCCAGCUGCAACCCAACACAGGGGAAAAACCCAUACAUUCUUACGUCCACACUUAUACACUACGGCAAAUUUAGCUUAUUCAAUUCACCUAUAGCGCAUGUGUUUGGACUGUGGGGGAAACCAGAGCACCUGGAACAAACCCACAUAAACAUGGGGAGAACAUGCAAACUCCACACAGAAAUGCCAACUGACCCAGCCGAACCAGCAACCUUCUUGUUGUGAGGCCCCCAAAUUAUAUUUUUUCUCAUUAUUCUUUACUAUUUUUAUAUAAGUAUUUUAUAUAAUAUUUGAUUUAAACAUGUCAUUAAUUUAUCCGGAAUCUCUUUUCUUAAUAUUCACAUUCAUGUCCAAACAAUGGAGGGUUAAGUUAUGCGUUAAAAAGUACAGAAAUGAUUCUAGCAAAAAUGUAUAUGUAAUUCUAGAAAAUGGCUAUCAAACCAAACUUCUGAUUUUGCCCUAUUAUAGUGGACUGCUUUAAUAGUGGUACUGUUUGAUGAACUAGUACAAAAGCCUUCAAACGAUAAGUUACCAAUACUGUUUAUCUGACCAACAUCCAUGUUAUACUUAGGCCUUUGCUUCAAAUUAUGAUUCUUGUGCCUUGUAUAACUUCUGUAAAUGGUGAAUGUUGUACAGGUUAAAAAGACGGUUCCGAAUCAUGCAAACGUACUGUAAGAUAUCAGUUAAAAAGAAAACACUAUAUAACACUGAUAUGCAGGGGUCAAGAGCUUUUCUAGUGCUAAAUAUACUUGUUUGGUAUUGCCAGGCCAGCUUUGUGGUAUAUUGUAUGUAUGAUUAUGAACAUUUUGGAUGUUUUCUGUACAGUAGAGUUUGCUGAUGUAUAUGCAGUCUUUUGGAAAUAAACGUACAGCUGA